GUUAAAGUAGGUUGUGAGAAUGCGUGCUGUGAGGUAUGGUCGGAAAGAAAUUUUGUAUCGGCGGUGAGUGAAAUUUGAAAGGGUGGGCAACGGACAGAGUGUUGUUUUUCUCAGAUUAUUUAACAAUUUGAGAACUGAAUCAAAAGCGAGAGACAGCAACCAGUCCAGAAGUUUCCAAAAUCACUGCACCUCCUUAGAGGAUUUUCAUCCAAUAGUUAUAAGAGUGACCAGAACUCAAUGCUACUACUCCAGAAGAGGCCCCUCCAACAUCCUGUACAGCCUCAACAUGAUGUCCCAACUCCAGUGCAAAAGCUGUGACCAAUGAAGCUUUAACUUUGACACUACCGGUCAUGCAGUUGGAUAGGAAAAACAGAUACAUGGACUAUUUUCUAGAUGGGAAGAAAAUUCAGAAAUGGACUUGGGAAUUCUAGUCCAGGUUCUCUUCAGCAACAACUGGAUCGUUCCCCUCCCACUCCAAGUUCCUUUGCAGCCCAGAUGAACGUUCUGAAGUCGGGUACCAGGCAGACAGCACAGCUUUUGGGUCUACAGGGAAGAGUCUCAGAUGCUCUGAUUACACUAUUCCUGAUUUAGACAUAUGUUUCUCUUGAAUGACCCCUUCUAUCACAGUGCAGUGGUCACUUUGUGCCCAUGUGCUCAUUCACACACUGCAAGAGUCUCAAACCUGUCAGACACACUGAAAAGCUAAGACUCCUUCAGCACUAACCUCUGCUUCCAUCUACCUGCUUCACUUAUAGUCAAUACCCUCUGGCCCUGAACACUGAUAGAAUUUGAGGUAGCGAUUACAUAGAUGGGAAUGAACGCUAUCAUAGAAGGAUGUCAAACAAGGACAAGAACAUUUUUUUAAAUGUUGAUUUUUUUUUCAUCUGGAAAGCUGUUCAGGUCAGUGUGCUCAAGGUGAGGAGAACAAGACUCUGUGUGGGUGAGUGCACAGGCAGCGUAGUGUUGGGUGAGCUGAAGGUUAUAGGGAGGUUGAAAGUGGGAGGUGGUUCACAAGUGUGUUAGGGUUAUUCAGUCUCAAGGUUUUCCUUUGGUAUAUCCCUGAAUACCUUUGUUUAACAAAAGUUUAUCUAUCUCAGAUUUAAAAUGAACAAUUAGUGAUUGAGCAUCAACUACCAUUUUCGAGACAUAGUUCCAAACUGUUACCACCUUUUUAGUAUCGAGAUGAUGCCACAUAUCUCUCCUGCACAGAAUAUGCUCCCAAGUUGGAGAUUAAUUUGGAGGAAAUUUCUAUUCAUCCAGCACUGGAUGUCAGGGCAUUGUGACUGAGAAGAAACUGCGAGGUGGUGAUGGUCACAUACGCCUGGUCCCUUGGCCCUUCAUGGUGAUGUAAGGGGCUGCUUCGGGAGGUUUUGCUAAAGUUAUGGUUUAACUGUUUGUUGAGAAUACCCCUGUCAUGGACUAUUGCCAUGUUCUACACCUCCAUGGAGGUCAGCCUUUCUCUGACUAGACCAAUUGGCAGUUUUUCCUCCCUCAAGGAGAUUUGUGAACCAUUUGUGUUAUUAUGAUAAUUGGUAGCUUUCAUAGUCACCUUUUGAGUGCCCAGCCCUACAAAUUCAGCUCAAUUUCACAACCUGGUUUGUCAUUAGGAAAAUGUCAGAUACUGUUAUUAAAGUUGGAAUUACAGAGUAUUUAGAAGUACAUUAAAGAAUCAAGUAGAGUCAGCAUGAUUUUCUGAAGGGGAAAGCACAGCUUUCAGGACGUAACAAGCAAGAUAGAUAAGGGGGAAAUCAAUAGAUCAAAUAUAUUUAGAUUUCCAAAAAAUGUUCAGUACAGUGUUUAAAAUAAGAUGACUUCAGACAAGAAGCCAUGAACCCACACUUUUGGGAGUAUGUAUUAAUCAAACCUAUUGAUAAAGAUUAGUUUAUGAAUUGAAUGCAGAGUGUAGAGAUUAAGAGGGCAUUUUCAACAUGCCAAAUUGUAACUCGAGUCCCAGACACACCAAUACUAGGGUGACAAUUUAUUGACUAUGUACUAAUCACCCAGAAGAUGGAAAUGAAUGUACUGUUUGGAGAUGAUACAAAAUAGAUGGCAUAACUAAUUUACAGACAAAUAGAAGCAGAAUAAGUAACAGACAAAAACUCGGCGGAAUUUACUUUGGGGGAAAGAUUGAGGUUUAUGCAUUGCAGCAGGAAGGCUAAUGGAUUUGAAUAUUAUUUAACUAGGGAAAUCCACUGCAGAAAGCUGCAGCACACAAGUGUGGGUCCUUGCAAGAUAAAAAGCUAUCAUCCAGAUUCAACAUGUAAUUGGGAAGGGAAAUGUUCUGUUGGCCUUCAUUUAAAGAGAAUGGGGAUGUGUUAGAACAUAGAAAAGUACAGCACAGAACAGGCCCUUUGGCCCACGAUGUUGUUAAAACUAUACGUGACAUUCGUCAAUUACACCUAGAAUACUGUGAACAGUUUUAGUCCCUCUAUUUUAAGAAAGGUGGUCCAGAGAAUUUUAACGAGAUUGAUCCCAGACGUGGGAGAAUUUUCUCAGAAGAUGAGAUUGAGCCGACUGCUCCUGUACUCAUUGAGUUUAGAAGAAUGAGAGAAGACUUUACAGAAAGCCAUAUCAUUCUGACGGACUUGACAAGACAGGUUCAGGGAGAAUGAGUCUCCUUGUUUUGAGUUGAGGAAGGACAUCAUCUCAGAGUAUGGAGUCACCUAUUUAAAGCAGAUGUGGAGGAAUUCCUUCUGUCAUGGUAGUGGAUCUAUGGAAUUCCCCACUGUGGAGCGCUGUAGAGACUGGCUGCUCAGUGUAUCCAAGGCUGACAGAAAACAGCUUUUAAUCAGUAUUUGAAGCAAUGGCAGGAAAGUGAAUCUAAGGAUUAUUAGGUCAGCCCUAAUGUCAUUGAAUGGUGAGAGCAGACUCUGAUUGAUUUGCCAACUUCUACUCCUUCAGUUUAUCAUUAGUUUCUUUUUCUGGGUUCUCACUUGCUUCUGUUUUUACUUCUUUCAACUGAUUUCAUAGGACAUUAGAAGUGGAAAAUUUGCAGUGAGGAAACUUUAAACCAAACAUUACUUGAAGGUCUGGCAGAGUUGUCCAAUUUAUGGUUGUCUGAAUAUCGUUGGAGUUUGAACGUGAAGGAAAAUGCACUAUUCACUGUGGGGAGAAACUAUCCACAUGUUGAACGUGUGGACAAGGCUUCAGCAGGUCAUCUGCCCUGUCACAACAUAAAUACAGUCAAGUGAGGGGAGGCCAUUCAUCUAUCCUGAGUUCGGGAAAGGAUUUACUCGAUCAUCCACCAUGCUGAAAAACCAGAAAGUUCACACAGAGGACAGACCUUUUAAAUGCCCAGAAUGUGGGAAGUGCUUUAAAAACUCUGGGGCGCUGGUAUCCCAUCAACGUGUUCACAGUGAUGAGAGACCCUUCAUAUGCUCUCACUGUGGGGCUGGGUUUAAACAAUCAUCUGACCUCAUUGAACAUCAACGGAUUCACACUGGGGACAGACCAUUCACCUGCUCACAGUGUAGGAAGACAUUUGCUCGGAAAUCAAUCCUGCUGAGUCACCAGCAGUUUCAUACAGAGGAGAGACCUUAUAAAUGUUCAGAGUGUGCCAAGUGCUAUAAAAGCUCUGGGGCCCUGAAAUUCCAUCAACGUGUUCAUGGUGACGAGAGACCCUUCAUGUGCUCUCACUGUGGGACUGGGUUCAGACAAUCAUGUGACCUCCAUAAUCACCAGCGGAUUCACACUGGGGAGAGACCAUUCACCUGCUCCCAAUGUGGGAAGGGAUUUGCUCAGAAAUCCACCCUACUCAAACACCAACGAAUUCACGCAGAGGACAGACCUUUUAAAUGCUCAUACUGUGCCAAGUGCUAUAAAAGUUCUGGGGCCCUGAUGUCCCAUCAACGUGUUCACACUGAUGAGAGACCAUUCAGAUGCUCUCACUGUGGGAGUGGGUUCAAGUGGUCAUCCCAACUCACUGUACACCAGCGAUCUCAUACUGGGGAGAGGCCUUACACCUGCACGGAGUGUGGGAAGGCAUUUGCUCAGAAAUCCAAUCUGCUGAAACAUCAGCAAGUCCACACUGAAGAGAGACCUUUUCAAUGUCCAGAAUGUGGGAAGUGUUAUAAAAUCUCUGCAGAUCUGGUGACCCAUCAACGCGUUCACACUGAUGAGAGACCAUUCAGAUGCUCUCACUGUGGGGCUGGUUUUAAGUGGUUAACCCGACUCACUGUACACCAGCGAUCUCACACUGGAGAGAGACCGUACACCUGCACUGAAUGUGGGAAGGGAUUUGCUGUGAAAUCCAGCCUCCUGAAACACCAGCAAGUUCAUGAGUAAUGACUUUUUUUUUACUGUGAACAAGUCCCUUCUUCAUAGUGUACCUACCUCUCAGCCAGAAGGUCUGGUUUCAAGUCCCACCUAUGGAGCUUGCCAAAGAGUUUAAUUGUUUUUGUCAAUUGAUGGUUGAAUGAUGUCCAUUGGGAUCUGUUUCUGCUGUAAUGACAGUGAAAUAAAUCCACUUUGUGUUAA